AGGAUCGCUUACAGAUCGUGCGUCCUACUUUUUGUACUUCUCGCAGCAUAGUGCGUCUGUUGGUUUUUAUCUAGACCCCAGAGCCUCAUAAUCGGACUAGUUUACAGUCGUGCGGCGCAUGGAUUACAGUGAUCAUUAUGCAGCGAGUCUGGCGGAGUAAUCUACAGUUGUUAAGGUACUGACAGCAAGUGUCGACAGCUCACCAAACUGUAAAUUCAGUUCUUCUACAAAUUAAUAGCUGGUGUCUUUUCUGCGCUCAUCCAGAAUCACAAGCAAGCAAGGAAUAGACCAAGACCAUGGAAAGGAAAAGUUUACCUGUCAAGCGUAUUCUCAACAAGCCCCAGAUAUUCCGCAGCGAUCAUCGCCCUGAUGUGAAUACCAAUAACUCCAGAGGUGGACGAUCCCCCCAGACCAAAGCCCAACGGAGUCGGCACAAGCAUCUCUAUGACACAAACCAUCAGAUCAGGCCUAAGCCUGAUUUAAACACAACACUACCAGUUCGACAGACAGCAUCUAUCUUCAAACAGCCUGUGACCAAGGUAACAAACCACCCCAACAACAAAGUCAAGACCGACCCUCAGAAAGCAGUGGAUCAACCAAAACAAUUGUUCUGGGAGAGGAAGUUGAGUGGGUUAAAUGCAUUCGAUAUAGCAGAAGAGCUGGUGAAAACCAUGGAUCUUCCCAAAGGCCUACAGGGUGUUGGGCCGGCAUGCUCAGACAAAACCCUGCUCUCUGCCAUUGCCAGUGCCCUGCACACCAACCCAGCUCCCAUCACCGGGCAGCUCACGUCUGCUGUGGAGAAAAACCCCGGAGUGUGGCUGAACACGGCUCAGCCGCUCUGCAAAGCCUUCGUGGUGACUGAUGAUGACAUCAGGAAGCAGGAGGACCUGGUACAGAAUGUGAGGCAACGGCUCGAGGAGGCCCUGAUGGCGGAUUCUUUGGCUUACAUGGAGGACGCCGCUGUCGACGCUGCAGAUGACAAAGCCGAGAAAAAGGAUGAGCAGCUGGAAAAGGAGGAAUUAUAGCUGAGGAGGUGUGCGGAACAUGAAGUGUGCUGGUAAACUCUUCCAGAUAUUUAAAUAAAGGUUCCAUUUUACAUUCAAAUGCUGAUUAAAAAGGACUUUAAAAUGAGACUUUCUGGAGACUUUUCUAACAUAAACAAAGACCGUAGUCUUUAUUGUUAUAUAUUUUUACACUUGCUAGUGUAAUCCUUAAAGGGUGCUUUUAAGUUUCACUUUUUAUUUUACCUCUGCUAACGUAAGGCAGCUGUGGAAGGUGCUCAGUACAAUGCAGUGUUACAGUUAGUUACCAGCUGUUCAAGCUCAAUACUGAAGAUGCAAACCUCACAUGCGUGAAUGAGUGUUGUCAUGUUUAUGUUUGUUGUGUGUUUUAUACUUCUGUUCUCCCAGAUUGUGUUGCUUUUUAUUUACUGACACUGUUCGUAGUUGUGUCACAUGGAGUGUGUUUGAACACAAGCUGCAGUAUUUCUAUAUGAACACGGCAAUUACGUGGCUGUGGAUAAACAUCUCGGUUUUACAGUUCAUUUACAAUAAUUUGAGUUUACAAAGCUUGAGUCUUCAUAUUUGUGUUGUUCUAAUUUGCCAACUACAUUUGAGUUUUAACUUUAACAUUAACGUAUCUGUAACCUCAGACAAUAACAAAUGCUGUACUUCUUUACAUAUGAUGUUUGUGUACCACUGUUACUGUAAAAUAAACAAAUUCCCUUUAUAA